UCCCCUCCCUCCCUCAUACCUCCCUCCCUUACUGUCUCAGUCUCUUUCCAGAGCAGACUACUAACUCCUCAGAGGAUAUAGGAUACACUAAUGGAGGGCCCUGGAAGAAGGACCUUUAUCGCUCUGUGCCUGUACACUGCACUACUUACUCUCUCAGAAGUAAACUCAGAGAUCGUCCAUAUUCCGUCCGUGCUCCAUGGCGUCAAAGGGAAGUCCCUCCUCCUAUCCGUGGAGACUUACUUCCGAUUGGAGGACGUUGAGAUCCAGGGCAGCUGGUACCAGACCCGGCCAGGGGGCCCCAAAACCCUGCUGGUGACAUUCCACAACCACACAGUCAUCAUGCUGGCCUCGAUGAGACACAGGAACCGCUACUUUUUCCAGCCCCCCAACGCCUCUCUCCUGAUCCCCAGACUGGACGAGGCGGCGGAGGGAGACUAUCACCUGGACCUGGACAUUCACUUCCCCCAGAGACAGGAGCUCGUCCGGGCCGAGAGGACUGUCCACGUCACCGUCGAUGUACCUGUGUCCACUCCAGUUAUCCAGAAGACACCAUCUUCUACAGUUGUUGAGGACAAGGAAAACGUGACGUGGACCUGUAGGGUGGGGAACGGAACCAGGGUCCAGUACCAGUGGCUGAGGAACAACAUGCCCCUAGAUGCUAGUGAUCGCCAUCAGUUUUCCCAGGACAACUCUACUCUGGUGAUAAGCCCUGUGAGGAAGAAGGACAUUGGACAGUACCGCUGCCUGGCCAGGAACCACAUCAGCCAGAGACAGAGCCACACCCUGGACCUCAGUGUCUUCUAUGGCCCCUACAACCUGGCUGUGAAGUCUGACCAUGGUCUGCGAACUGGAGAGGUCUUCACAGUGAACCCUGGUGAGCUGGUGUUCUUCGACUGUCAGGCCGACUCCAACCCUCCCAACAGCUGUAUGUGGAUCUCUAAGACCAACAACGCCACUGAGGUCAUCACUGUGGGACUGCGCCUGGAGGUCACCUCUUACAAACUGGCCCAGGCCGAGGAGUUCCUGUGUAGGGCGUUUAACAAUGUGACCCAGAAGCAGGACGAGACCCAGUUCACCCUGGUGGUGGCCAGCCUGGGGACAGGACAGGAGAGAUAUGUCCAGGAGAGCAGAUCAUUCUCUCCUCUGGCUGCCAUCACUCUGUCCUGUCUGUUCAUUAGCUGUAUGUUACUGGUCUACUUCAGAAGGAGUUGUCAUCAUCCCAAGAGAGUUCUCAUGAACAUCUAUAACAGACCUUUGACAGAACAGAGACGCCCACAUCGUUCGGGUCAUGAGGAUGCAACGGAAGACUUUGGCAUCUAUGAGUUUGUCUCUAUACCUGGGAAAAUGGAAUCUACACAGGCAUCCAGCAGAUCUCUGGCACACCUAGAGUCUGUCCAGGAUUUGCAUACCACCAUCUAUGAUGUCAUCAGGCACAUCCCUGAAACUCCCACGCUGGCUACCCAGAGUCUGCUGGGAAAGCAGUGUGAAGAUUAACCAGAGACCAGAGUAUCCCAAAUUGCAUCCCAAAUUGAACUAUUUUUCCCUAUAUAAGAAUAUAUAUAUCCCGAGUGUCGCAGCGUUCUAAUGCACUGCAUCUCAGUGCUAGAGGCGUCACUACAGACCCUGGUUCGAUCCCGGGCUGUAUCACAACCGGCUGUGAUCGGGAGUCCCAUUGGGCGGCGCACAAUUGGCCCAGCAUCGUCCAGGUUAGGGGAGGGUUUGGCCUGGGUAGGCCGUCAUUGUAAAAGAAGAAUUUGUUUUUAUCCUACUUGCCUAGUUAAAUAAAGAUUAAAUAAAAAUACAAAAAUUUGUGCACUACUAGGGGCGGCAAGUAGUACAUUAUAUAGUGUUAAGAGCAUUGGGCCAAUAACUGAAAGGUUGCUGGGUUGAAUCCCCAAGCUAAAUAAUCUGCAAUGUGCCAUUGAGCAAGGCACUUAAGCCUCUGGCACAGUUUCAACAUCCUACUUAAUAUUUUCUAAUAAUUAUUUAAAUUUAAAGAACAAGAGCUCAUAAAUAUUUUUUCUCUCUUCAAAUUCUAUAUUUAUUCAAUGUGCUAUUUCAAGCUGCCUCUGGAAGUGGGCAAGAAUAUUUGGAUGAAGGAAUUAUCACAUUGCAUGUGAGAUACUAUCUGAUGGAGGUGUUGUAUAACAUUAUUUUUCAGCAUGUAAAUACAACAUCUGCUCUACACUGUACUUACUUUAUUGUUUUGUUUUGAAAGAAAUUACAUUUUAUUUUAGUGAAUAUGUUAUGAGUCCUAUCCUCCUGUCUUUUUCUGAAUGUAGCAAUUUUGUUGAUCUUGACAUUGCCAAGUACACUCCACUGGAGUGUGAAAUGCCAGAUGUGUUGUUGCCUGUCUGCAGAGUAUUGUACAGUUUCCACUUACAGAUAUGCACUUUUUGUAUUUGAAUAAAGAUUUACAACAAUUUGAA